AUGCUCGACCCCGGCCUUAUCUCCUGGGCAGUGCCCCGUGUCUCCCAGCUCCUCCCCCUCGACGAGGAGUCCCUCACCCAGAUCAUAAGCUACGCCGCCAGCCUACCCACCGAAGAAAGCGCAGAGCAUCUCAAAAACCUCUUGGGUGACUCGCCUGCCGUAUUCGAAUUCAUAUCUGCCUUCAGUGCCCGACAGUCCCGAGCGAAUACCACCUUUACCCCCACGAGCAGCCAAGCUACGGCGAGAAACACCAACAACGGUCCCGGUCCAGCGUCAAGGAAAGGAAAGAAAUCCAAGCCACCCCUACACAGUCGCGGUCCUCCGCGUCGUCCAGACAACUAUGGAAACGUCGUAGGGGGCUAUAAAAAAGAGGACCUGGACGAAGAUUACAUGCCCGCGUCCUCUCGGAGCCAGCAUACUCAGAACGUACAAGGCACUGGUGGUGUGUUGAAAGGAGCAGGGGCUGGGACAUCGCCGUCAACAAACGCGCAACUUUCGGUCCCUUCUUCUCGCGAGGGAUCAGCAGCUGCAUCGCGCACUCAAUCCCCCGCACCCGGAAAAACUCCUCCUUCGGCGUCUGGGCCGAUGAUCUCAGACCUCCUGCCUAAUGUGAAAUCGAAAGCUGCCAAGUCGAGCCGCUCCGGCGGGUCCGGCGCUACGAAGUUGUCUAAAGCGUCGUUGACCACAUCUGAUAUUUCCGAUCUUACAGCUGCAAUCGCCGCCCUGGAGAUGUCGACGAACCCGACGUUAGGCGACACGGAACCCCACAAAUGCAAUUGUUACGCUACAAUCCACCCGCUCUUCGACCCUGCACCGAAUUGCCUUAACUGCGGGAAGAUAAUCUGCUCUCUGGAAGGUCUACAUCCUUGUUCGUUCUGCGGGACGCCUCUGUUGUCGGCCGAGGAGAUCCAAGGCAUGAUCAAGGAACUACGGGCAGAGCGCGGACAAGAGAAAAUGCGCGUGCACAACGAGGGUGUCCAGCGCGAGAGUAGGCCGCGAGUAGGGGCAGAACCCUCAUCGUCUAGCCAUCUAGAUGCAGCCAAAGCGCAUCGUGACAGGCUACUUCAGUUCCAGGCCCAGAACGCAAAGCGGACUCGGGUUGUUGAUGAGGCAGCGGACUUCGAGACGCCUAAUGUCGCGUCAACCAUAUGGAUGAGUCCUGCGCAGCGUGCGUUGGCACUGAAGAAGCAGCAGCGGAUCAUGCGGGAGAUGGAAGAAAAGGCCCGACCGGAGUGGGAGAAGAAGCAGACGGUUAUGAGCUUAGAUAUCAAGGGUGGUCGUCUGAGGCGCGUUUACCAAUCAGCGCCUACGGAAUCAAGCCACGGUGACGAUCAGACGGACGAGCUGGCGGAAACAGAAGCCGGUGACGGAAUCGAGGCAGGAAGCAGGAAUGGCGGGAGAGCCUUCAGCCAUAAUCCCCUUCUCGCCGCUGGGGGGCUUCCACGGCCUGUCUGGAAGGCAGCCGAUGGGAAGCAACCAGAAACCUCCGCGCGCAGAGAACCAAAGCAGACAUGGCGACGAGUUCAAGAUGACAAUGACGACAAUGAACAAUGGAUAUUGGAUGGCGGAGUGCAUGGAUACUCCUAG